AUGUCGGCUCAAGCGGUAGCCAAGGCUGCCGGAGGCGUUGUAUCCAUCGCAAAGAAACAAACCGUCCAGUCCAAAGGCGUGUGGGAGUCCAUCCGCAAGGCCCUCUCCAUUGACCCCAACCGCUCCAAUGGUGUCACGCUGAACCCGUACUACCGCAAUCCUACACCCGGCAGCAACGACCCCAUGGCCUACGACGACCCUGUCACCCUGCCGGCCGGCGACAUCGCCGACAAUCCUUACUGGAAGCGCGACCACCGCCGCCACUACCCCAAGCUGAGCGUCGUCAACCAGGCCGACGUGGCUAGUCUAUUGACGAUUGGCAGCGCCGCAGCGCCCAAGGUUGAUUUGAUUGGCGAGGCGGGCGAGAGGCAGCUCGUUGCCGCCAAGCAGGAGGGCGAGACGGGCCUGGCCAAGUGCCUCGAGAAGAACGGCGGCAAGGAUAUCUUUGUGGGCGGAUUUCCGCCGCUGCCCAGCGGCCAGAGCCUCGCUUCUGGCUCGUGGGGUGUGCACAAGUAUGAGUUGACUGAGGAGAACACAUAUCCCCAGGGGUGA